AUGUCUCUACAAGAAACACUGUUAAUUCAGUUUCAAGAAAAUCCUUUAAACUGGUUUUUAUCAGGAUUUUUAAUUUACGUUAUUUACUCCUAUCUAAGACCAGUACCAUAUAAUUUGCCAAUUGCAAGACAUACAGAAACUACAGUAUUUCGAGAAUAUACGCCAAAACAACUACGAGAGUUUGACGGUAGAACACAACAAACAAAGAUUUAUAUGGGAGUUUGUGGUAAUGUUUAUGAUGUUACCAAAGGUCGAAGUUUCUACGGACCAGAUGGCCCCUAUGGCAACUUUGCGGGUCGUGAUGCUUCCCGUGGUCUAGCAAAAAAUUCAUUCGAUAUGGACGUACUUACACCCAUUGAUCAACCAUUAGAUACCCUCGAAGAUUUAACCAGAGAUGAAAUUGAUAGUCUUAAUGACUGGCACGGUCAUUUUGCUGGAAAAUAUCAACUCGUUGGUAAAUUAGUUAAUGAUCCUGACAUUUUUUAA